AUGGCUGCAUCGACGAGCUACUACAUCGGCGUAGACGUUGGAACAGGGUCGGCAAGGGCGGCGCUCGUCUCGGCGGAGGGAGAUAUCGUCGCAGAGUCGACGUACAACACGACUACGUGGAGGGAUGACCGCGACAAGGACAUCUUUGAGCAGUCCUCGACCCAGAUCUGGAACUGCAUCUCGUCCGCUUGCAAGGACGUCCUGCGCGACUCCAAGGUCGACCCGGCUCAGGUUCGCGGAAUCGGCUUCGACGCGACUUGCUCGCUCGUCGCCGCCAAGCUCGACUCGGGAGCGCCUGUGCCCGUCACGCCUGGUUCAUGGAGUAGCGAGCAGGCGGCAAAGGAGGCGGAAGUGAGGGAUAUCAUCUUGUGGGCGGACCACCGAGCAUCGAAGGAAGCCAAGCUUAUCAACUCGACUCAAAGUCCCUGGCUCAAAUACGUCGGCAACACGAUCUCGCUCGAGAUGGAGAUCCCCAAGAUGCUCUGGCUCAAGAACCACAUGCCGUCCUCCCUCUUCACAUCCUGCAUGUUCUUCGACCUCCCCGACUGGCUCACCUACCGCGCGACCGGCGACCUCGCCCGAUCCAACUGUUCGCUCGGGUGCAAGUGCUCGUACGUUCCGCCGGGCGUCGAGGGGAGCGAGGGGUGGAACAGGGAGUUCUUUGAGCAGAUUGGGUUGGAGGAGUUUGUCAAGAACGACUUCGUGCAAGUCGGCGGCCUCCCGGGCAAGAACGGCCUCAUCCUCACCGCCGGCCAGCCCGUCGGCCGAGGUCUCUCGAAGAAGGCGGCUGAGGAGCUCGGCUUGAAGGAAGGAACGGCUGUCGGAAGCGCGGUCAUCGAUGCGUACGCCGGCUGGAUCGGUACGGUCGCCGCACCGAUGGAAGGUCAAAAGACUACGACGCUCGAUGACGCCGCACACCGACUUGCUGCUAUCGCGGGAACCAGCACGUGCCAUAUCGUUCAGAGCGAGGAGGCCGUGUUCGUCAAGGGUGUUUGGGGGCCAUACAAGCAUGCUGUCUUCCCUGGGUACUGGAUGAACGAAGGCGGCCAAUCCUCGACCGGCCAGCUCCUCGACUUCAUGAUCGACACGCACCCCGCGUCGGACAAGCUCAAGCAGCUCGCGAAGGAGAAGGGCACGAACCACUUCUCCCUCUUGACCGAGAUCCUCGAGGAGAUGGUCAAGGAGAAGGGCGUCCCGUUCAUGAGUUACUUGACGAGGGACAUGUACCUGUACCCGGACUUGCACGGCAACCGCUCGCCCCUCGCCGACGUCGACAUGCGCGGCAUGCUCAUCGGCAUGCAGCUCGACAAGACCAUCGGCGACCUCGCUCUCCGGUACUACGCGACGGGCGAGGCGAUCGCUUUGCAGACGAAGCACAUUAUCGACGAGAUGAACAAGAGCGGACACAAGGUUGAGAGCAUCUUUAUGAGUGGAGGACUCGUCAAGAACCGAUUCCUCAUGACCCUCAUCGCCGACAUCUGCAACAUGCCGGUCCAGCUCCCCUACUCCUCCUCCGCAUCCGUCGUCCUCGGCAGUGCCAUGCUCGGCGCGGCAGCGGCGGAAGAAGCCGACCGGCUCCGCAAGACGCUCGACUCGCAAGCUGAGGCGGAGAAGAGCUCGUAUGGCAUGAAGGACCGGCUGUGGGACAUUAUGAUCCGCAUGACCCGCCCCGGCUCGACUAUCGCGCCCCAAGCGUCCGACAAGGAGCUCAAGCUCCUCCAGGCCAAGUACUCUAUUUUCCUCGAGUGCGUCACGCUGCAGCGGAAGUGGCGCAAGGAGGUUCGGGACGCGCUGGGCGAGUAG